CCCGUCCUUUUUCAAGCCACAUGCGCAAACCACUACUUUUCUUUUUCCCCUCCACGACGAGAAUAAAAGUACCGUACUGUAGUCGAGUGAAAGCUAUCUCCCAGGACAAUAACUCGACAUUCGCGUAGCGGUUCUCGAUAAUGAAGGCGUGCGAUUUCUUGUUUCUAUUUACAAUACUACUCUUCAAUAGCAAUAGUAUUCUAGCUCUAUUAAGGUCUAAGCAUAACAAGGUAGUAACUUGUUAUGUUGCUUCCUGGGCCGUUUACAGACCUAAUAAUGGACAAUUCCAAGUACCCAAUAUUCCUGCAGAGCUUUGCACGCACCUCGUAUAUGCGUUCGCAGGAUUGAAUAGUACAUCGUGGACCAUUAGGAGCCUCGAUCCUUAUCUAGACAUUGAGAAUGGUAAUUACAAAAAUAUGACUCAACUUCAUGAACGACAUCCGAAUCUAAAAGUUCUACUUGCAAUCGGAGGAUGGAACGAAGGUAGUAAAAAUUAUUCCGAUCUCGUUUCAUCCCCUAAACAAAGAAGUACAUUUAUCAACAGCGUAGUAAACUUCCUUGGAAAAUAUAAUUUCAAUGGGUUCGAUUUAGAUUGGGAAUAUCCUGGAUCAGGAGGUAUUUUGGAGGACAGAGAAAAUUUUAUUGCUCUCGUAAAGGAAUUAAAAGAAGCGUUCAAGAAGUCGAAAUACCUGCUAACGGCAGCUUUAAGUGCUAAUCAAGGAACUAUCGAUACCGCAUACGAUAUUCCCGAAAUUUCCAAAUAUCUCGACUUUAUUCAUGUAAUGGGUUAUGAUUAUCAUGGAGUAUGGGAUAAAAAAGUGCUUCCAAAUGCGCCAUUAAAAAGCGAAAACGGUCACAGCGUGGUGGAUACACUCAAUUAUUUGUUACGUAAAGGUGCACCAGCGAAUAAAACAGUGUUAGGCUUGCCUAUGUAUGGAAGAACAUUUAUAUUAACGAGCAAAUUAAAUUCAUCUCAAGAAAGUCCAAUUAAUCGACCAGCCACUUCAGAUGGGUUCAAGGGUCCUUAUACUGGCGAAAAAGGUUUUAUGGGAUACAAUGAGAUUUGUGAAGAAUUAGUAAGUCGUACAAACAAUUGGAUAACUGGUUGGGAUGACAACAGCGAUACUCCCUACGCAGUUGAUAAUGAUCACGUUAUAGUAUAUGAUAAUCCAAAAAGUUUAAAAGCGAAGGUUGAACAUGCAAUGAGCUUGAAUUUAGCUGGUGUAAUGACAUGGAGUAUCGAUACCGACGAUUUUAAUGGAAAGUGCGCAUCUUUGAAAGACUCUCUAGACAGAACUGAAAUUACAUAUCCUUUACUAAGAUCAAUCAACAUGGUUUUAUCUCAAAGUGGUAAUAACAACGAUAAUGGAAACAACAAUGUUGACAACAACAACAACGGUAACACUGACGAUGACAACAAAGGCAAUAACGCAUCUUCCGUCGGGAGGGUCUCUUAUAGUUUUAUUUUAAUAACAUUAGCGUCUUUCAUAUAUUACAUUUGAAGUAAAUUCAUAAUGGCUGAAGAAAUUGUACCAAAAAAAUUUUGUAAAAAUUCGAUAUAUCCCAAAAACUGAUUUUUACUCAAUCGAAAAUAUUCCUUUCAAAUGUCUAUCCAUUUUUACGUUUAUGCUAACCGAUUGUAAUAAGUAUAAUAUGCAAAAUAUCACACUGUUUAUACUAAUCGCAUGUUAUUACAAUUAAUUGUGUAUAUAGAAAUAAAAAAAUUUUCUAUUUGAAUAAAUAAAAA